AUGCAGAUAAAUUAGACAUUGCAUAACUAACAAUAGUCUCAAAAUUCAAACGGUUAGAAGCAGUCGAGGUAUCUAAAUAAUAAUGCAGGAGGGCACUAUCACAAAGAUUCUUUGUUGAAAAAUUACAAUAAUACUAUUAAUAACAACAACUAUAACCCAGGAGGAGGGAAUAUUAACAAUUAAUAGCAGUAGCAGCAAUCCUCAUUAAGCAAAUCAACUCUAUAAACUUUAGAAAAAUUGAGAAAUAGUUCACCUAAUGGGUCUGCAAAUAACACAAAUAAAUCAGGUGGCGCUAAUGGGAGCACAACAAAUAAGAAAUAUUCAUUGUCACAAACUAUGCAAUAGAUUUAGCAACAGUAACAGAAUAAGAGGAAUCAGCAUCAAGCAGUUCAACAGUAGUUAUAUCAUUAGCAUCAACAUCAUCUUAAUUAAAAUUUACAGGCAAAUACAUAACUAAGUUCUUCCUCUUAAUUGCAAAUUAGCAACCUUUAGCAUUCUGAAAAUGCUUAAAUGAAUGUUUCGAUAGAUAACCUUUCUACUCUGAGAUCAAGUGAAGUCAACGAAAGAGAGAAAAAUUUACUUGAAAAGAUAAAGUAUUAUAAAAAGGAGAAUUCAAAGUUGAUAACUUUGAUGCGCGAAAGUGAGAAUAGUAUUAUAGAGCGAAUCUCUAAAUAAAAGAAAGAAACAGAGUAAAUUUUAAAGAUUCUUAAUAAACUAUGGCCUCUGAUGGUCAGAUUGAUGCAAAUGGAUUAUAAGUCUAUAGAUUAAACUACAAGAGAGGUAUUGAUAACUUUAGGUGAGAUGCUAGGGAAAGAUGUUAAUUAGAUUUAGACAAGCAUCAAUGAAGGGUCGAAGUAAUUUACAGAUAGUGCGAAUGAAAACAAGAUACUUACUAGAGAGAUUGAAUUCUUGAAAAAGGAGAUUUUUAAGCAAAAAAUAGAAGUAGAGAGAAACCGAAGACUGGGGAAUUUUCAUUUAAUAAAAAGUGAGUUUGUAAUGAAGGAGAUGAUGAAGUUAGUUGAAUAUCAAGAGAAAUAGACUGAGACAUAUCAGUAUCAAGUUUUUUGUGUAAUGGAUGAUAAUGAAGAGAUAAACAGCAUAUCAAAACUUUAGUUUUUAGAAGAUUAAGUGACAGAAUUUCUAGGAUUCGAUGACAUUGAUUACUCUUCGAAGGUCAGCUAAAUUCUGGAUAAAAUGUCAUUGCUUGAAAAAGAGUACAUUUAACAAAUAGAAUUAGACAUUUCUACCAAAGUAUUGUCAUUGACUAGAGAUAUUUCUUCGAUUGGCUAAAGUCCCACAUAAAAGCAAGAAUUAUUUGAUACAGAAAUCACUCUUUCAAACAGUGGGAACAACUAUCUGAUUAAAAAUAAAAAUGCUACUUAGCAAUAAAGAAAACCUUCAAAUGAUCAGUUUAUUAAUAUUGCACAAUUUAAUCCUAAUGAAUAAGUAAUACCUCAAUUUUCCUUACUUAAAUAAUCCCAGCUAUCUCAAAUGACAAGAAAGGAUCAGCCAAAGUAUGUGAAUAAUAGUAUUCUUGGUAAAAGUGCUCCAAAUCUUAAUAUGUCCGUAUCGAAUCCAACUGGAACUGAUAAUAUAUCACUUCCAGAUAUUUCUUCAACAGAAAUAGCUCCUAAUAAAAUGAGUGCCCCGAAUAAGAUCAUUAAUUUCAACCACGCAAGAGGGCUUCAUGCUUAUUAAAAGCAAUUAGGUCGAGAAUAGAAUGUUUUACAUACUCAGGGCUACAUUGAAGAGUUAGGUGGCUCUCCAUUGGACAUGAAUGGCAUUAUAAUAAAUGAUGGAAACUAAUUGAAGCUAGGAGCUCAAAUAUCUUUGAAGAAUAAUAUGAAUGUUUUAAGGAACAGAUCAACAAGUCCAACCAUAAUCCCCAAGAAAAAUCUAGUGAGAAAAGACUUUGUAUGA